GUCGAGGUUGCUGAAAACCGGCUCCAUGAAUGGUUGCAGGAAGAGGAGGAAUAAACGUCAUCUGAGGUGUAAGUUUCACAAUCGUGCAUUCCAAGAUGACCGGUCUGGCUACACUCUAAUCCCACUUGUUGCAAACGAAAGUCCCAAACGAGACUGUGAUCUUGAAUCGUCGACCUGGGUAACGGUAAUCGAACGAGACGAUAAGGAUCGAGUCGCCUACGAGGAACUGUAUGUAAACAACCAUAGCUCGAACUAUUCGAUGUUUGUGUUGCGUACGUCGCCAUCUUCUAGUACACAACUAACAUUGGGUACUCCGGUACCAACAUUCUUAUUUCACAUAUUUUUCAACUAUUUUGUAUCAUAAGUUUGAUAUAUAUAUAUGUAUAUUUUUCUUCUCAUAUAUAUUAUAUUCCUUUUGAAAUAUUAAAAACGAAUUCUAAACUCUCUCGAUGUAGUUCUUCUUUAUAAAUAAAUGGCAAGCGUAGCUCAGAAAUUCACAAAAUUAACUUCCACACCAAACAUAUUCUCAAUUAAAUUAAAAUAUACGUCCCACCUGUAGCUUAUCGACGUUCCUACACCACGUGGGUCAUUUUAUGAAAUCAAAUAGAUUCCAAAGUCGCAACCCGCGACCCAAGAGAGUCCUCGAGCCCCAUGCGGGUCCCCGUUACAAUUGCCACAUGUAUAUCCAGGAAAUCUUGGCGUUCCAUCAAAUUGACUGACACCAAUCCGCCAAACCACGGGGAUUCGUCUCCCAACGACCGAAAGUACCGUUCGUCGACGAGGAGUUGCAUAAUGGAGCUUGCGUUCCCCGUUUCUCGAUGGAGUGGACGUCCACCGGCCUGCCGUGAACCCGGUUGCCAAGAAGUCGGCGGUAACAUUGACCAAUGACCACGGUCGUCUGUCGACCAGAUUCUGGGGCCACCGGAGAGUACCGUAAGGAUCCUCACGUGCAGUUCGAACCAUUCUAGCGACAGAUCAUCAACGAACAUGAUCGGGAAAAUUGUUUUGGUGCUCUCCGCGCUGGCGUUGGCCAGGGCACAGAUACCCAGCCUGGGAUUCUGCCCUGACUACGUGCCCAUGGCGAACUUCGACAUGAACAGAUUUCUGGGUGUUUGGUACGAGGCCGAGAGGUACUUCCAGCUGACGGAGGUAGUGUCACGGUGUGUCAUGGCGAACUAUACCCUAUCUAGCGGUAAAUUCCAUGUCAGCAACCAAGUGACGAAUAGAUUCACUGGCAUCAAGAGGGUGGUAGACGGUGAAAUCAAGAAAGCCGCUUCCAAGGCCGAGGAAGGAAAAUUGAUCGUCAAGUACACGAUACCUUUGACGCCAGAGACAAAAUACAACGUUCUAGAAACAGACUAUGACAACUAUGCUGUCCUGUGGAGCUGUUCUGGUAUUGGACCAUUCCACACACAGAACGCUUGGGUGAUGACGAGAGAAAGGUUGGCUCCUGGACCAGUCAUACAAAAGGCAUACGCAGUUCUGGACAAGUACAAGAUCUCUAGAACGUUCUUCGUAAAAACCGAUCAGAAUGACUGUGCAUACUCCGACCCAGAGGAAACAAAGCCCGGAGAGGCCGCUCCAUCCGUGGAGGACGCCGACAAGAACCCCGAGAAGAAACCUGAAAAGGACUCUGAAAACGUAAGAACCGCCGCAAUGCCAGAUCCUCCACAGCUGGUUGUCGAAGUGGAGAACCCCAAAGAUGACAAGGAGCUAGUGAAGAACGUCCUGAUCGCCGAGGACUCGAAGAAACCAUCCAUCAACACCGUUCCCGAGCGAAUCAUGGAAGUGGCCGAGGCCAUGAAGGACGAACAACCUGCCGACAUCGCCGAGGAGAAGAAAGAGCUCGAGAAGGAGACCGCCGCGAAGAUUGUUAAACAGACAGAGAAGACAGUCUGAAAACAACGUUUGACUUGUCUCGUUCGAGAAUACAGGUGUAGAUGGUGGAAGAUUAGUUUAAUGGUCUCGGGCUUGUAGCGGUUUCCACCUGGAGACCAGUCUCGCCCGUGGAUCGCUCAUUAGUCAUCGUAUCUUCGACAAUUGUCACUUUCAUAAGUUCAUGGACGGAAUGGGGGAUACUUGCUUGUCUUUAAUCAUGUACAAACGCGAAAAGAAAAGUUUAAUAAAUUGUUAUAUAAAACGUUGCUACGGAAUCCUAGUUGUGUUUAUUGAAUGUGCUGCGUGGUAUGUUUAUUUAGAAUGAGUUCUCUUAUUCAUUGAAUAAUUAUAUUCAUUGUAAUAAUAACAAUAUGCAUCACGAAGCAGAAGCCAGUGGGGAAGAAUCUAGAAUAGACACCAUUUUGAAAGAAAUUUAGAAUAUAUAAGCAAUAUAGGAAAUGUAGGAAGUACUAGGAAAUAUAGAAAACAUAGGAAAUAACAAAAUAUGAGAUAUAUAUAUAUAGAAAUAUAAUUUCUGCCCAAGAAA